CGCGCGCCCCAGUCACCGCGCCGCUGUGUAGUAGCAGCAGCGCGAGCAGCAGCGUCGGUUAGAUAUGGCGGCGGACCCGCACCCCGACUGGCUCGCCCGCCUGCCGUCUUCGUGGAGUUACGGAGUGACUCGGGACGGACGGAUAUUCUUCAUCAACGAAGAAGCCAAAAGUACAACCUGGCUGCAUCCCGUUACCGGAGAGGCCGUCAUCACCGGCCACCGGAACACGCCAGAUCUACCGACGGGAUGGGAGGAAGGAUACACGUUCGAGGGCGCGCGCUGCUUCAUCAAUCACAAUGAACGGAAGGUGACCUGCAAGCAUCCUGUGACCGGGGUGCCUUCACAAGACAACUGCAUCUUCGUUGUAAAUGAACAUGUCAGUUCUGCCCAGCUCGUCCAUCCUGCCCCCCCGCCUCCGGAGGCGGUUGCCAGGUAACCGUGUUCGUCAUCUCUCUCUGGCUUCUGCUCCGCCGCUCGCCACCCCCUGCCUCUCCACAGCACCCCGGCAGACGGACCCCCAGGGGGGUCACGAGUGGGGGAGACGAUGGAGCAAACUCAUGAUGAGACGUUGUUUAACCACGUCUCGACGUGGGAUCACUGCUGGACUGGUUUCAGACCAGGCGGACCACCAACAUGGCGUAACCCGGG